AUGACGAAAGGCAAUAAAGCGCACCUGGCCCUUAAAAUUGAUAUAAGUAAGGCUUAUGAUCGGGUGGAUUGGGGUUUUUUAAGAGGAGUUCUAAACAGGAUGGGUUUUGCAGAGAAAUGGAUACAUUGGAUGAUGAUGUGCGUUACUUCAGUUCACUAUUCUGUUCUUGUUAAUUUGGAUGCCAUUGGACCUGUUGAACCAGGAAGAGGAUUGAGACAAGGGGACCCUUUGUCACCCUAUCUUUCCAUUCUGAUCUCUGAAGGGGAAAAUCUUACUGAAGUUAGUCACCUGAUGAGUUUACUCGACAUCUAUGCAGAUGCAGCUGGUCAGGAGAUUAAUUUGCCAAAAUUAGAAGUGUUCUUUAGCCGCAAUUUAAGUGUGCCGACGCAAGAGGAUCUUGCAAAUAUUAUGGGAGUUCGACAUGUGCUGGGAACAGGAAAAUAUUUGGGAUUGCCAUCUAUGAUAGGAAGGAGCAAGAGGUCUAUUUUUUCUUUUAUUAAGGAUCGCAUUUGGAAUCGUAUAAACUCUUGGAAAGGGCGAUCUUAUUUAGAGCAGAAUAUGGGAGUUUUAUGUGAUUUGUUUGAUUACUCAGUGGUUCGUGAUAUUUUACAAGUUCCGUUGACAGAAGAAGUGGUCGAAGACCGUAUGGUCUGGAAGGAUGAUGUAAGUGGUAACUAUAUUGUUCGAUCGGGAUAUAGAAGUUGGAGGAAGCAUCAAGAAAGUGGUGGCUUGGUUAAGGAAGGAGUAAACUGGAGUGAUCUCUGGAGUAUAACAGCUCCGUCUGGAGUGAAACAUCUUCUUUGGAGGAUUUGUAGUGAUUGUCUCCCAUCUAAGGUGGGUCUUAUUCAACAUCAUGUACCAUGUAGUCCCAUUUGUCAGCUUUGUGGUCAUAAUUAUGAGGACGAUUGGCAUGUUUUUGUUGGUUGUUCGGAAACUUUCUCUUGUUGGCAGUCGGCUGGUCUUACUGAUAUCAUCUCUCCUCGUCUCCAUAAAUUCCAGGAUCUUAGGUCCUUUAUCUUUGAUAUUUGCAUGAAGGAGGAUAGGUAUACCGUAGGAAGAGUGGCGGUUAUGUUGGAAGGGUUAUGGAAGAAUAGGAACGACUUCGUGUGGCAUAAUGAAAAGGAAGAUGCUUCCAAACUUGGUUGGCUAGCAUUCCAUAAGUGGCAAGAUUGGUUUAUGGCCCAAAAUAUUCGGGAGCCGCAGUUAGAUAACGGAGAAGUGGUUUCAUGGAACCCGGCUCCUAUUGGUAGCUUCAAAUGUAAUGUGGAUGCCGCUUUCAACAAGCGUGUAGGGACUACAAAUCGAGGGUGGUGUAUGCGUAACGACCAUGGUAACUUUGUUGUCGCGGGUACGGCUUGGGAUGGUAGUACUUUUUCGGUGCUGGAAGCGGAGGCCUUAGAUCUUAAGGAAGCAAUUAGUUCUGUUAUUAUGCUUCAUAAUGCUCUGACAACUUUUGAAAGUGAUUCUCAACAGGUGGUCCAAGCCCUUAGCUCUAAUACGCCGGGUAGCUCUGAGUUUUUCUCUAUUAUUAAUUCUAUUAAGUUGUUGCUAUUAGAUUUCCCCUACUUUGAGGUUAAGUUUAUCAAGCGUCAAGCGAAUAUGGUUGCCCAUACCUUAGCUAAGACGGCCAAUUCUUGGUCUCGACGCUGUAUGUUUGAUGUAAUUCCUCCUUGUAUUACUCUUUAUCUGAUUAAUGAAAGCAGUUAA